AUGCGUUUGAACGAGAACUCGGCCCCCGUGCAAGCGGAAUCCGCGCUGCUCAGUCGCCGACGCCGCCGUAAAUCAAUGCCCUCGCGCAACGGAGACCCAACCUCCCCCGAAGUCAUUUCCUCUCUGAUUUCCUCUCUCUCCGCCAUAUCGGUGCCUCUGAACUCGCACUUUGAUACCGUCCCGAAGAUCGACACCGAUUCGGACCCUGGUCUGCCAGAAGUACCGCAUACCGCCCCGGUCUACUCCAUCCCCCCGUCCGAACAACAUGGCGUUGGGAUGAGCUACGGCGCAUACAAACCUACUACGGAGUCGCCCGAACCCCCCGCUCCCUUCUUGCACCCCGAUGAUGCUGCCUCGUCGCCUGUCAUCCGUAUGGCCAGGGCGCCUCCCUCACCCAAAUCUCCUCGAUCUCCAAGAUUCAAACCAUUCAAAUCCGACUCAACCCGUCCCGCGUCCAGGGAUUCAUUCGCGUCUACUAUAGCCCCCGAACCGUCUUCGUUCGGGACAAUCAGCACAGAACCCGGUCCCCGGUUGUCGGCGGCCCCCAGUAUAGUAUCAAAUAGUUCAGGGCGCGCGCGGAGCUUGAAGGGUCAAUUUGGGUUGCUGAAGAAAUCGUCCUCGCGCGAGUUCUCCUCUGAGAAAGAUCCGCAAAUAGAGCGCCUGCGAAAGACUAUCAGCCAUAACGACGGGUUGCGACAUAAUAUCCCACGCAGUCGAGCGAGUUUGCGCUCACUGCAUUCAAUGGCGGAAGUAAAUGAGGACUCGCGUGCCGCGGACCUCAAGGAAGAUCCAAUUGAAGAGAGAGCCCGCACUCCACCGGUUCACGACCUUCAAUCACUCCACACCCCGGAUAAUGGCAGCCCCGGUGGGAUCGGCAGUGGGAGGUUCAUCCCCACCCGAGAUUCAUCUCUACGACACCGACACAGCCAGUCUCCGAAGAAGCACAAAUCUACUCGCCACAGUCGAUAUCCUUCAACAGCGAGCAAGGAAUCCGCCGCGGCAAACGGGCUGCCUGGAACGAGCAACGAUGCUGAGCAGGUUACGAGACGAAUUCAACAGUUGAAAGAUCAACAGCAGAAGAUCAAAACCGAAUUGGAGGUCGACAAUAGUCCCGAAAGCUCGACCAAGACUUCUCCGGCGAAACCAGUCAAGCCGAAAGCUUCGAAAGCUUCGCGCGUGCUAGGCCACGAUGUCAACCAAGCUACCAUCCAUGACGGACCCGCUCGUGAGCAUCCUCCGCUAAAUGAAAGCGCGCCAUCGCCAUCGGUGAUGACAGGCAAGAACCGUGGAUCUCGACCAGGCCCGCCUGUCUCGUCCAAGUCAACCAACUUGCCUCCAUUGUUGUCGAAAAUGUCCGCAGAGAGGCCGGAUUCCGAGAGGGCUCGAUAUAGAAGAUCUCUCGAGCCAAUCGCCCCACAUCAACAUCGUCGCACUCCAUCUGGUCACCUGUCGCAUGUCUCACAUGCGUCGAAUGGUCGUCCGUCGUUCAGCACCGAGCGACCAUCCAGCGCAGAUUCAAUCGAUCUUGCAGUUGACGACUACAUGUUCUCUCCGAAAUUGACCCAGAGAGUGAUUCACCCGACCAGUGGCCGCACCAUUGCGUUUUCCGAGGUCGGUGACCCCAAAGGCCAUGUCGUACUUUGUUGUGUCGGCAUGGGCCUUACUCGGUAUCUCAUGGCAUUCUACGACGAACUGGCCCGAACCCUCAAUCUCCGCCUGGUGACACUGGAUCGCCCCGGCGUCGGCGAGAGUGGCCCGCACCAAGUAGACGAGCCCAACACCCCUCUCAGCUGGCCAGAUGAUGUCGCCAUCGUAUGCAACCACCUACGAGUCACCAAAUUCUCCAUUCUUGCCCACUCCGCCGGAGCAAUCUACGCUCUCGCAACAGCUCUCCGCAUCCCCCAGCAUAUCCGCGGCCGCAUCCACCUUCUAGCCCCCUGGAUCCCACCCUCCCAACUCUCAACCCUCGGCUCUCAAAAGGAUCCCGCCCCCACAAACGCAGUCCCAUAUACCCAAAAGAUCCUCCGCGCUCUCCCAACCUCCCUCCUAAAACUAGCCUCCCCAAGUCUUCCCGCCGCAAACGCAAAACCGCAAAAGAAGCCCACAACCCCAUCGUCCCACCAAUCCCCCCCAAUCCCCACAAACUUCCACCAAGAAGAAACCGUCACCGAUAUCAAAUCCCCAAUGAUAUCCGCCCACCGCAAAAGCGACACCACCCUCGCCUUGCGCGCCAAGUCCUCCGAAGACGAAAUCGAGCGCAAACGCGACUACGAUACCCGUCUCACGUACAAAAUCUGGGAACGCGCAACUACAAACGCAAACCCAUCCGUCGAUCUACUCAUCUGUCUCGAGCGCCGACAGACGAUCGGAUUCCGAUACGUGGAUAUCACGCGCGCGGUCGUCAUUCACCACGGUCGCAAGGAUCCGCGCGUGCCCGUGGAAAACGUGCAGUGGCUCGGUAAAACGAUGCGGAGGUGCGAGGUGCGGAUUCUCGAAGGCGAGGGUCAUGGGCUUAUGGCGUCGGCUGGCGUUAUGGGGAAUGUGUUGACGGAGAUUGCGAAGGAGUGGGAGGAUUGGACGAUUCUCGUUCAAGACCUGGAUUGUCGGUUCAGACUUGAUAUUUGA